AUGGAGAGGUACUUCUUGAAGCAAAAGUUUCCGAAGCUACAGUCUGGCAAGAUGCCGAGGAGCUCGGUUGGGUCCAUGGCCUUCAUGUCCCGAUACUGGGUGAAGCAGUCCUUGCGGUGGUGGUCAGGGUGGAGUAUUGAGGAGAGGCUCCCGUCCAUAGCGUAUUUCGCGUGGGCCCGGGAUGAGGUGGCGGAGGAGAAAGAGGAGGAGGAGGCGGCCUCGAUGGACCGGACUGCGGCGGCUAUGUCCCAACGGGCGGAGCGCAUGAGGGAGAGGAGGAGGGACGUGAAGGCUUUCGAAGCUUCUCUCACGAGACUCAUCGUGCUCUCGAAGAGAUCGAUUGCGGGUGCCGGUGUUACUGUUGUGCAGUUGUGUAAAUCAAUGCAUGAAAAAUGGGAACCCAUAUAUGGGUAUGACAAACGCCCCAUGGAAGAGUUUUUGAACAACAAAACAAUAAAGAUAGUGGUGCAGCUGACUCGUCUCCUGGACUUCCCCUUUGAUUUCCCACUGGCCCGCUCACUAAACGACGCCGUUUUGAGCUUCUCCCUCAAUCCCUCAAUCUCCGUCUGCUUCGACCUCACCUCCCUCUUCAGCUCCUCCACCGCCGCCUCGUACGGCGCCACCACCUCUCUCAGCGUCGCCGUUCCCACCCCACGCGCCCUUCCUCCGCCGACGCCCCGCCUGAACCUCUCCCGGAGGAGGCCCAUCCGCCUGAGCUCGGCCACCACUGCCGCGUCGGCAACGCGGAUCCUGUCCGGGUCCCACGGGCAGUGCGCUCCCUGGAGGCUCACGUACGCCCGCUUCACGGCCGCGACGGCGUCGAACACCUGCCCAACCAGCAUUUCAAGCUCCGCCACGCGCGGAGGCGCGUGGGGACCAACCGUGGGCGCGCCGAGCGCCUCGAACCCGUCCUCCUCCCCGUCGGCCGGAUCUUCUUCUUCUUUCUGUUCCUCCUCCUCCGCCGCCGCGUCGCGGUCUUCGUCGUCGUCACCGUCGGGGCGGGCGACGCCGGAGAGCGGGUGGAGGAGGCAAGAGGCGGUGACCCGUUGGAUCAGAUCGGAAAAGUUGGAGGCUCUGGCUGACAUCGUCUUCGUGCUUCGUCCGUUUCUGGAAAAUUCAGAUUUCAGAUUUUGUUGUUUGUAA